AAUGGGGUUUAUAUACCUAUGUGUGUGUCUUCACAUUGUGAAAUUAUCAAAACUUAAUUCUGUAUCUGAGAAUUCUAUAACAGACUAGAGCAGGGAUGUCCAGCAGGUCUAUUGCGAUCUACCGGUUGAUUGCGGGGCGUCCCUGGUCGACCGUGUGAUCCUGAUCGGUCACCCCACAAAAACAAAGCAAAAACUCAACAACUUCCUCUCCCAAAAAAAUCUCAACAACUUUGGUCAAUACAAUGGGUAGAUCACUGCCAGUUGUUGUUUUUUAGUAGGAGUAGAUCGCAGUCUCUUGGAAAUUGAAAAAUCCCCGGACUAGAGGAACCUUGGAAAGGGAUCCCCCGGGGUAAUCCUAACAGGAGGCGAGGACGGGGCUGUGUCAGCAGCUCAAAUUGCAGAAAAAGAGAGACAAAAACAAAACAAAACUCCUAUUAGAUUCGGAAGGAGCCGCAGGAGCUCCUGGCUGUCCGGGGAGCGCAGCUCUUCCCCUCCCCGCAGCUUCCCGGCCAAGGGACACACGCAGCCCGGCCUACCCGCUUCCCCCUGUGGGCGGGGAUGGGGGGCUGGAAGGCGGGCGGUGGAGAAGGCGAAGGCGCUCCCUUCCCGCGCCGUUACUCGGCCGGCCUGAGAGAAAAUUUCUGAGGCGGAGGCGGCGGCCUUCGUCCAGGGUCGGGGGGCCAUGGCGGGACUUUGCCCUCCCGGCGGCCUGGAGCACCUGGAGCUGGGGCGGCUGCGGGACCCGCUGGGCAGCGGCGGCGGAGUCGUCGUCGGCGCUUCUUCUCCUUCUCCUCCUCCUUCGUCUUGCUCGCCGUCGCCGCCGCUCUCGUCUUGCUCGAGGCAGGCCUGGAGCCGGGACAACCCGGGCUUCGAGCCCGAGGAGGAGGCGGGCGAAGCGGCCAGGGCGGCUGGCGGGAGCGCGGCGGUGGCGGCGGGGCCCGUGCUGCAGAUGGGCGUGGUGGAGUGGGGCCGAGGAGGGGCGCCUUCGCCCUCGGAGCCCGACGCCCGGCGCCCGGGAGGGCCCGCCGAGAGCGGGAGGCAGCGGAGGCGCAGGCGGCGCGGCGAAGAGGAGGAGGGCGAAGGCCAGAGGCCUUGCUCCGCCGGAGGCGCCCCGACGCCGACGCCGCGUUUCCCUCACGAGGAGGCGGGCGAGGAGGUCGCCGAGCAGCCGCCGCCGCCGCCUCGCCGCCUCGCCUGGGCCAAAGGGAUGGCGCACCGCCUGCGAGGUCUGUGGGGUACUACCCUAAUGGAAGAAACCACAACCAGAGAGAGAUAUCUGAAAAGUGUUUUACGAGAACUGAUCACGUACUUGAUUUUUCUCCUGGUCUUGUCUUUCUUGUCAUAUGGGAUGGUGAGUUCGAAUAUGUACUACUACACAAGGGUGAUGUCACAGCUCUUUCUAGACACACCAGUGUCAAAAAUGGAGAAGACCAAUUUUAAAACUUUAUCUACAAUGGAAGACUUCUGGAAGUUCACUGAGGGUCCUUUGCUAGAUGGCCUGUACUGGGAGAUGUGGUACAACAACAGAACCGUGGCAGAGAACAGGAGUUUUAUCUACCAUGAGAACCUGCUUUUGGGAGUGCCUCGCAUUCGACAGCUGAAAGUGAGGAAUGGCACGUGUUCAAUACCUGAAGAUUUAAAAGAUGAAAUUAAAGACUGUUACGAUGUUUACUCUGUGAGUAAUGAGGACACUGCACCGUUCGGGCCUCGCAAUGGAACCGCUUGGAUUUAUACCAAUGAAAAAGAUCUGAAUGGAAGCAGCCAUUGGGGGUUGCUUGCAACUUACAGUGGAGCUGGCUAUUACCAGGAUCUGUCCAGAAGCAGAGAGGAGACAUCUGCGUUAAUUCAUGGCCUUAAGAACAGCUUGUGGCUUGACAGAGGCACACGGGCAACAUUUCUAGAUUUUUCAGUGUACAAUGCAAACAUCAAUCUCUUCUGCAUUAUCAGGUUAUUGGUGGAGUUCCCACCAACAGGAGGCCUCCUUACAUCUUGGCAAUUCCAGCCUGUAAAGUUGAUCCACUACAUUUCCACUUUUGACUUCUUCCUAGCUGCCUGCGAAAUUGUCUUUUGUCUUUUUAUUCUUUAUUACGUGGUGGAAGAAAUCCUGGAAAUUCACAUACACAGACUCUUUUAUUUCAGGAGUCUUUGGAAUUGCCUUGAUGUUCUCAUUAUUGUGCUAUCGGUGGCAGCUAUAGGAAUUAAUAUAUAUCGAACAUCUACUGUGGAUAGGUUACUGAAGGAGCUGCUGGAAAAUCAAAAUAACUUCCCAAAUUUUGAACCUUUAGCAUACUGGCAAACACAGUUCAACAAUAUUGCAGCUGUCACCAUGUUUUUCGUCUGGAUUAAGCUCUUUAAAUUUAUCAGCUUCAACCGAACAAUGAGCCAGUUAUCUACCACGAUGUCACGAUGUGCCAAAGAUGUUCUUGGGUUUGCCAUUAUGUUUUUCAUCAUUUUCAUAGCCUAUGCUCAGCUAGCUUACCUUGUGUUUGGUGCACAAGUUGACGAUUUCAGUACCUUCCAGGACAGUGUUUUUACUCAGUUCCGCAUCCUGUUGGGAGAUUUUGACUUUACAGAGAUUGAAGAAGCUAACAGAGUUUUGGGACCAGUUUAUUUCACUACAUUUGUGUUCUUUAUGUUCUUCAUUCUUUUGAACAUGUUUUUGGCCAUCAUCAAUGAUACAUACUCUGAAGUCAAAUCGGAUAUGGCGCAGCAGAAAUCUGAAAUGGAACUGUCGGAUCUUAUAAGAAAGGGCUACACUAAAGCCAUGGUGAAGUUAAAACUUAAAAAAACACCAGUUGAUGACAUUUCAGAGAGUCUGCGACAAAGCGGAGGCAAAUUGAACUUUGAUGAACUGCGGCAAGACCUGAAGGGAAGGGGACACACUGAUGCCGAGAUUGAAGCCAUCUUUACAAAGUAUGACCAAGAUGGAGAUCAGGAAUUGACUGAACUGGAGCAUCAGCAAAUGAGAGAUGAUUUGGAAAAAGAGAGGGAGGACUUAGAGUUAGACAGAAGCUCUCUGAAUCGUCCACUGAGCGGCCGUAGCUUCCCACGAAGCCUGGAUGACUCUGAAGAGGAUGACGAUGACGACAGCGGACACAGCUCCCGGAGGAGAGGCAGCAGCUCGAGCGGGGUUUCAUAUGAAGAAUUUCAAGUGUUGGUGCGGCGAGUGGAUCGCAUGGAGCAUUCCAUAGGCAGCAUUGUUUCUAAGAUUGACGCUGUCAUCGUGAAGCUGGAAGCCAUGGAGAGAGCAAAACUGAAAAGGAAAGAGGUCCUGGGAAGGCUGCUUGAUGGGGUCACAGAGGAUGACAGGCUGGGCCGUGAUAAUGAAGUCCACAGGGAUCAGAUGGAGAGACUUGUACGAGAAGAGCUGGAGCGAUGGGAAUCAGAUGAUACGGCAUCCCAAGUGAGCCACAGACUGGGAACUCCAAUGGGGCUCAACGGCCAGUCUCGGGCUAGGAGUUCCCGCCCUUCUUCCUCACAGUCCACGGAAGGCAUUGAUGCCGGAGGAGGUGGGAACAGUGGCAACAAUGUCCAUGUCUAGUAGACUUUUAACUUUGCCUACAAAAUUAUGAGUAUUGCGCACAGUUAGUGAUUUGGCUAAGUCACAGGAAGCUCUAAGGUAUGCAGAGGCAGAUUCAGUAAGCAGAGAAACAGCCGAGCUGUUGAUGCUUUUUUAAAUAUAAAAAUUGGGAGACUAUGAAGUGAUUUAAAAACGAAAAGUUAAUUUGGGGUUGUCUCUAAUGUAGCACUCAAUUAAAAUCACUUAGCGAUAUACAUACAGAGUAAUGUAAAAGUAGGUUGCAGGUAACUUUGUCACACGAUAGAUUGUACAGUAGGUUGCGCACCAAGUUUCCACCAGCACAGCUGUUAUAUUGGAUUUCUCUGUUGUGAAAUAGCAAAACCUUCGCAUCUGCUAGUGCAAGAACCCUUGCACUACCAAACAGAACUGAUCCAGCCUUGGACUCGGUUUCAGCUACUUAAGAAUCUACAGAAAUGUCACAAAUUUCUCUGCUUUCCAUAGCCCCCCCCCCAGACUCUGUUCCCUUCAAAAAAUGUAAUUAGCCCUCUAGAGUGGGGGACGACGACCCCUAAACUAUCAAGUUUCAAUUUGCUAUAUAAAGUAUAAAACACACCAUUUUUUAUUGCAAAUCUUAUCUGUAUGUUCUUAAAGAUAGCAGGAUUCUGGAAAUCCUGUACUCUUAAUAGUAUUUUAAGGAAACUGUCCAAAUCAAAGGAUAAAUAGCUGUCGCCUGCUUUCAAGAGAAAUAGGUAUUACAGUAGUUUAUCCUAACUACUUGCCAAAAAAGUAACCUCUGCAUUUCAUUCACCAGAGAGAAAUGAAAUCACACAAUGUCCAGAAUAAUGUGGCUGGGAUGGUACGCUCUUUUUUUUCUUCUGUUUUUCUACAAGGAAUGGCACGGGAAUUUUCUGUUACUCAAGCAAGCAGUAAUUCUCAAUUGGCAAGUGAAGGCAAAGUCCCCUCUGGUUCUUAAAAUGCUGCUAUUUUCACACAGUGUGCCUCUAAAUAUGGGUGAUUUAAUAGCAGUGCUUUUCUUCUAGGGGGAAAAAGGUGUCGGUACUGCGUUCCUUUGAGUACCCCCAGAGAAAAGUACUGUUUUAUAACACCUUGUUUAAUAGCUCUGCUUCAAGCUAUAAGCAGAAUAGCAGCUCUGUUUCCAGACCUCUGAAAUUCAAAUGACAUUCCUUUAGCCUGGUAGGCAGUGUCCCCAGUCCCAAAUGUUGAGAAGGUGAAGCAAUUUCAAUUAGAGCUGCAGCAUGAGGGUGAAGGGGUUAACUACACCAUCCCACACCCCUGGGUUGCACCCCAGAUAAUAAGUGUUCCCCCCAUCUUGUUUCUAGAGUUUUGGGAUGGGGUAAGAAGCUGAUUAAAGGCAAUGAAAUUUGGGAAGGGAAGGGCUAAAAUAAUAAAGAGUUGAUUCCUAGAGAGGAGUAUUAACCAUAGAGAAGGAAAUGGCUGGAUGAAUCUAUGCAGGUCAUAACUGGCAAAAACGGGGGGAAUGAACAGCUAGAUGGCAGGUCAACUACACCUGAGGAAAUUGCCCCAAAGCUGAAAGAGGAAUACUUGCAGGGGGAGAAUGUUGUGCUCAGAGCAUCAUGCAGAAAGUAUGUCUAUCCUACAGUAAAAGUCCACUGUGGAAGCAGCUUUUGUGAGGUGCCAGACUGUCAGCUCAUGCCUUCCAAUUGAACAGUAUUAGCAAUGCGCCUUGCAUUAAUUGAAAAUUAAAGGGACCACAAGAGGGACUCGGAGUUCUCUUUUCGCUGAAUUUUUUGGUAGGAAAAUUACAACGUUCUAUUCUUAGACACUGAUUGUGGUUGGGUUGUGGCUUAAAUUAGACAUGAAAUAAAAAAAAACCCCAUGAAAGGUCAUUUAGUGAUGUAGCAAGAACACAAAAGGGAGCAAGUCAGAGCCUUUUAGAUUUCUGAAAGAUUUUAUGUGGUGCAUUUCCAAAACAACAACCUGUGUGACAGUAUGACUCAUAGGGACACAUUCAUUUGGCUUUGUUGCUGGGGGCUUCAAGAGGGUGCUUCAGUCCACAGGAAUUUCUCACAGUAGUGCUAAUGGCAUCGCAGAUUUUUCGUGCCAUGCUGUCGCAGAUGCCAAGCUGCAGAGUGGGAAGCUGCCAUUGCAACACGCCUUGGCGUGCUUGUUUCAAAAGUUGUGUCUUCCUGUUUGUAUUUACAGCCAUCACAAUCAUUAUAUCUUACAUUUGCAGCGUUGCUAUAAAAACCAAAAUGUUUGCAUUCAUAAUCAUAUUUGUUUAUAUAUAUUAAUAUAUAUGUUUAUAUAUAUUGUUGUAACAUGUUGUUACUUAAUAACAAACUUCAUUUUGAAGUGCAAUAAGAUUUCAUGGGUUAUCCAUGCAUACUGACAACGUACAUACAUUUAGUGUAUGACAGCGAAGCUACCUGUUUUUGUAUCCCUUUUGUUUCACACAAUGGAAGUGUGAGUUACCCCCGUUUUUAGGUUAAUGUCUUAAUAGCAAAGGUGUGUUGGAAAGUUAUUAGUUAUCCACAAUGAUCAAAGAUGUAUUGGUUUAAUAGUGACCACCUCCCCCCUUAAUAAAGACUUUAUAUGGUU